GCAGAGGCGGCGGCCGCUGGCUGGACGUAGGGAGCGGCGGCGGCGCCGACGGCAGCGGGAAGGGCGGACAGGGCGGGCCUCUCUGGUGGUGCCGAGCCGGAGGAGCUCGGGAGGGGAAGGCAGGCGCAGCUCGCGGGCCGGACACCUGAACUUGGGACAAGUUGCCGGAGCCCCCGGGAGCGGGCGGCGGACGGAUUGACCUUCAGAGCUAGGGCGCCACACCAGCAGCCGCCAUGGCAUCGCGCAUCGGGCUGCGCAUGCAGCUCAUGCGGGAGCAGGCGCAGCAGGAGGAGCAGCGGGAGCGCAUGCAGCAGCAGGCCGUCAUGCAUUAUAUGCAGCAGCAACAGCAGCAGCAGCAGCAACAGCUGGGGGGGCCGCCCACCCCGGCCAUCAACACCCCCAUCCACUUCCAGUCUCCGCCACCUGUGCCCGGGGAGGUGCUGAAGGUGCAGUCCUACCUGGAGAACCCUACUUCCUACCACCUGCAGCAGUCCCGGGACCAGAAGGUGCGGGAGUACCUGUCCGAGACCUAUGGGAACAAGUUUGCUGCCCACAUCAGCCCUGCCCAGGGCUCCCCGAAGCCUCUGCCAGCAGCCUCCCCAGGGGUGCGGGCUGGCCAUGUGGUGUCCUCCUCAGCCGGCAACAGUGCGCCCAACAGCCCCAUGGCCAUGCUGCACAUCGGCUCCAACCCUGAGAGGGAGUUUGAUGUCAUCGACAACAUUAUGUGUCUGGACGAUGUCUUGGGCUUCAUCAAUACUGAAUCUCAGAUGCCCAAUACGCUGCCCCUGUCCAGCAGCCACCUGAACGUGUACAGUGGUGACCCCCAGGUCACAGCCUCCUUGGUGGGUGUCACCAGCAGCUCCUGCCCAGCCGACUUGACCCAGAAGCGUGAGCUUACAGAUGCUGAGAGCCGGGCCCUGGCCAAGGAACGGCAGAAGAAGGACAAUCACAACCUAAUUGAAAGGAGACGGAGGUUCAACAUCAACGACCGCAUCAAGGAGUUGGGAAUGCUGAUCCCCAAGGCUAAUGACCUGGACGUGCGCUGGAACAAAGGCACCAUUCUCAAGGCCUCUGUUGAUUACAUCCGGAGAAUGCAGAAGGACCUGCAGAAGUCCCGGGAGCUUGAGAACCACUCUCGGCGCCUGGAGAUGACCAACAAGCAGCUCUGGCUCCGCAUCCAGGAACUGGAGAUGCAGGCUCGAGUGCAUGGCCUCCCCACCACUUCGCCAUCGGGAAUGAACAUGGCCGAGCUGGCCCAACAGGUGGUGAAGCAGGAGCUGCCCAGCGAAGAGGGCCCAGGGGAGGCCCUGUUGUUGAGGGCCGAGGUUCCCGACCCUGAGUCAUUGCCAGCUCUGCCCCCCCAGGCCCCGCCACCCAUGGACUUCAGUAACAGCCUGAGCUUUGGGGUCGGGGGCGAUGAAGGGCCCCCAGGCUAUCCCGAACCUCUGGGGCCAGAGCAUGGCUCCAUGUUCCCCAACCUGUCCAAGAAGGACCUGGACCUCAUGCUCCUGGACAACUCACUGCUGCCACUGGCCUCCGACCCCCUCUUCUCCACCAUGUCUCCUGAGGCCUCCAAGGCCAGCAGCCGCCGGAGCAGCUUCAGCAUGGAAGAGGGCGAUGUACUGUGACCCCGGCUGCCCCCACGCUGGGGAACAGGGGCAGGCUUUGGGGCUGGGAGGGCCGGGGCCACCUCCUUCUGCCCAUUCAGGCUGCACUUGUGUGUGAAGUAGCCACCUGCCCUGCCUCACUCCUCCCUGUCAAUCCCCUGUUUGGACUUAGCGCCCGCUUGGCAGCCUGUGGGGCCAGGAGAAGCCCCCCACCUGGCUCAGUACUCCCCAGGGCAGCCCUCUUGUUGGAGCUGGGUGGGAAUAGGCCUUCAGCCUGGCUCCCGGGGGUGUGCUGGAGGUCAGAAGAGGUCCCAGGAGGGUCCUGUCUUCUGAACCUGAUUCCCCCACACCCAUCCCUGCCAAUGAAGGACACAUUGGAGCAGGGGUUUCAGGAAGUUCCUUUUCUGAGGCAGCAACUGGUCCGGGGGGUGCCCAGGCUCGCCUUCCUGGGACUUGGAUAGCAACAAGCCUGUCCUCCAGCCUGGCUGCCCCCCUCACACAGGCGGGGCAUUCCCACCCCCCUUUGGUGCUAACAGCUCUCCACCAGGUGGUGUGAGGGCGGGGGUGGCCGGCAGACGGGGCUCUGGGUUCAAGUUAGAGUGCGGGGUCACUGCUGGAAUCGCAGCUCCCCUCCAGGCUCCCUACUUUGUGCCUUUAGUAAACACUGUGCUUUGUA